AUGUCACCUGUAAAUACUACUUUCAAAAAUGGGACUAGUAUAUUAUCUAAUGGAAUAAAAUUACCUUCAGAAAAACAAAUACUAUUAGAAAUUAUUGAUAAGGCAAAAGAUUGGGCAAUAACACAUGGAAUCGGAGUUCGUGUAAACUAUGAUACAGAAUUAAUAAAAUUUAUAUCAUUUAUGUUGCUACCUUCACCAUUCCCACGAUGCGAAUUUCAAAAAGCGAUUGAUUUACAACCAGUUUUAAAUGAAUUAUUGCAUAAUGUAGCUCAUGACUAUGAAUUUUUAAAGGAUUCAUUAAAGAAUACGAUUAAAGCAGAUGAAUUUACUAGAAAUUUGUUCGAAAUAUAUGAAAUUGUCCAUAAAGAAGGUACAGCACAGGAUAUAUCACUUGGAAUAUUUCGUUCUGAUUACUUGCUGGAUUUUGGUUCUGGUUCUCAUAUUAAACAAGUUGAAACAAACACAAUUGCAAUUGGUUUCGCUACUAUUGGUCAAAAAACAUACGACUUACAUAAAUACAUGUUAACCGAAUUAGGAUAUAACGAAAAAUUAAUAAAUUUACCAGAAAAUAACUCUUUAACAGAAACAACAUUAGGUUUAAUAAAAGCAUGGGAAAUAUAUAAUAAUAAAAAAUCUGUAAUUUUGUUUGUAAUUAGUGAACCUGCACUAAAUAACGUUUGUGAUGUUCGUUUUCAUGAAUAUGAAAUUAAUAAAUUAAAUCGAAAUUUAAAACUAAUACGUCGUACAUUAACGCAAAUUGCAAAUACUGUAAAAUUAGGUCCAAAUAAACAAUUAUUAGUUGACGAUUUUGAAAUCGCUGUAGUGUAUUAUCGAACAGGUUUUAUGCCGGAACAGUACAAUUCAAAAAGAGAAUGGGAUGCAAGAUUAUUAAUGGAACGUUCAUUAGCUAUUAAAUGUCCUUCAAUCCAAUAUCAAUUGGUUGGUACUAAAAAAAUACAGCAAGUAUUAGCACAACCAAAUGUUUUAGAGAAAUUUAUAAAAUCACCAAAAACGAUUAAAUCCGUAAGGGAAACAUUUACUGGUUUAUAUUCGUUAGAUUUUGAUGAAUACGGUGAACAAGCUGUUAAUAUGGCAUUGGAAAAUCCUGGGAAGUAUGUUUUAAAAUCACAACGUGAUGGUGGGGGAAAUAAUGUUUUUGGGGAAAAUAUUAGUGAUGUUUUGUUAAGGAUUAAAUAUAGUAAGAAUCGUGCUGCAUGGAUAUUAAUGGAUAAAAUAUCAUCUCCAAUUUCGCAGGGGUAUAUGAUUCGAUAUGAUAAAGUACAAAAAAUGAAUUUUGUCUCCGAAUUAGGAAUAUUUGGUGUGAUCUUAGGGAAUUCAAAUAAGAUUUUCUAUAAUAAAGAAGCUGGUCAUUUGUUACGAAGUAAAUUAUCAACCGCAGAUGAAGCUGGAUGUUUGAAAGGAAAUGGAGCCACUGAUAGUUCAUAUUUAAUUGAUUAUAUAGAAAUAUAA